GAUGGAGCCGAACUCACUGAAGUGGGUGGGCUCGUCUUGCGGUUUACAUGGACCAUAUAUAUUCUACAAAGCCUUUAAAUUUAACCGGGAUGGUAAACCGAGGAUUCUGUCUCUCGGAGACUUUUUCUUCGUCAGAUGUAAACCGGAGGAUCCUAUUUGCAUAGCGGAGCUUCAGCUGCUCUGGGAAGAAAGAACAAGCAAGCAACUUUUAUCAAGCUCCAAACUUUAUUUCUUACCCGAGGAUACUCCCCAGGGACGGACAGUCGGUCACGGAGAGCAUGAGGUAAUUGCAGUGUCCGAGAAGGUGAUUGUGCGGUUGGAGGACCUGGUGAAGUGGACGGUACCGGACUUCUCAGGAUGGGCCCAUGGGCUGAAGGCCGAACCCCUCAAACCCUCUGUGGUCCGGGAGCUGGGGACCAACGGGAGGCGGGAGGCCCUCCACCGAUACCGAGAGAGCACCCUGACCAGCGGACUCAACUUCAGGGACAUCCAGAGGGAGAGGGCACAGCUAGGCCAGGAGGAGGACGGCCGGAGGGUUUUGGUGCUGAGCUACCCCCAGUACUGCCGGUACCGCUCGAUUCUCGCCCGGCUCAGGGAGCAGCCGUCCUCCCUGCUCACGGACCACACGGUGCUGGCGCUGGGCGGUAUCGCCGCGCUGGGCGGGAACACGAGGAUCCUGUACUGCCGGGACACCUUCGAACACCCCGCCUUGCUGCAGAACGAGAGCAUCUGUGACGAGUUUGCACCCAACCUGAAGGGGCGACCGCGGAAGAAGAAGCUGUCAGUCUCCCAGAAGAGGGACUCCCAAGGUCCGGCUCAGGGUCAAGGUCAAGGGUCAUCAGGGUCAAGCCAGGGGUCAGCAGCAGUGACAGCUCAGGACCCCUGCAGCCCAGACAGCAAAACUCCUACCAAGGUCAAACCCAACUGUAAAAUGGUACCAAACGGCAAAAUACCCUCAGCGGCCAAACCCAAAGCCAACGGCCUCAGUAAGAAAUGCCUGGCUGAGGAGAGGGAGAAAGGGAGGGAGAAGGAAAAGGAGGACAAGAAUGAUAAGGAGGAGAGGAGAGAGGAGGAAUCAUCUGAGGAGAGCAGAGCGGAGGAGCAGGCUUUCUUGGUAGCACUCUACAAGUAUAUGAAAGAGCGAGACACGCCCAUAGAGAGGAUCCCCUUCCUCGGCUUCAAACAGAUCAACCUUUGGACUAUGUUUCAAGCUGCUCAGAAACUCGGAGGAUAUGAGUUGAUCACAGUUCGCAGACAAUGGAAGCAUGUAUAUGAUGAAUUAGGCGGGAACCCCAGCAGCACAAGUGCCGCCACGUGUACACGCAGACACUAUGAGAGGCUCCUCCUCCCUUAUGAGAGGCACAUCAAGGGAGAGAAGGACAAGCCGCUCCCCCUGGUCAAACCCAGGAAGCAGGAGGGCAGCCAGGAGAGGGCUUCAGGAGGCAAAGCCAAAGGAGUCGGGGCCAAGAAAUUGAAAGGCCCCAGCAACCCCAAGCAGGGGUGUAAAAAGGAAAAAGGGGAGACGGGGAAAAGCCAAGAGCAAUCACAGGACUCCAACGUGAAAGAGGAGAAUCGUGAGCUUUCCACAGCCAUAAAACAGGAAGCCUCUUUGAGAGACAAACCGAUUAUAAUAGAGGAAGAGGAGUUACAUCUUACCCUGAAGAAAGAGGAGUCCUUGGCGGUGGAACAGCCAUCUCCACUCUGCCUUAAAGAGCCAGACUGCAGGGCCCCUCAUGCAAGUCUGCCCCUCCACAGAGGGCCCAGUCCCCAGCCUGAAUGGAGGCAGAUCAGCGAGGCCCUGCAAGAGAAACUUGCCUCUGAACAGCAAAUAGAGGGGCACUUCAUUCCUAAAAACUCCUACCUGCCUCAGCGCUGGGACCAGAACAAACCUGCUGGACACGUUGCCCUGCCUGAGCCCACAUCCAGGGUCAAAGACUCCUUAGAAAGCCAUGGGGGGAGAGUAGGGAAGGUGUUACCAAUGUGCAAGCAGGCAGAGAGACAGCCUCUGGACUCUGGCACAGAUUCCUUCCCAGAGAAAGAAGACUAUAGUGUCAUUAAGAAGGAGUCAUCCCAGGUCCCUACCCAGAUGGCCGCCUACUGCAAAGCCGGCCAGGUGGUCAUGUCUCCUUUGGCAAAGAAGAAACUUCUAUCUCAAGUGUGUGAGACCAAUCCUUUCUCCUUUACCUCACCUUCUCUUCAACCUCCUCCUCCACCUGACCCGGUUCCUCCUGCUCUCCCAGCCAUAUCAGCAGCUGAAAGAGAGAGGGAGAGGAGAAAGGGCGAGGAGGAGGUGGCAGGACAGAGACAGGGAGGUGUGACAGACAGCAGUCCGGAGGUAGCGCCUGUUUUCAGGCCAACUGUUAUCCAGCAUGCCCAGAGCAGCAAGCCUCUCCAACAAGCCACCAGUGGUACAUCAGAGAGGAGUCCUCUCGGGGAGCUUUCAGAGACUUAUGGCUGCCGGACGAGCCACCACCUCCAGCCCCAAGUCACCCCACCAUGGCAGCCCUACCUUCCCCGAACCCAUGCUCAGGAUGGGGUGGAGAACGCUGGAGAGAAGCUCCUCCAGGGUCCCACUGCCCAGCCCCAGAGCUACCCAGGUGACUGCUACUCUUCCCCUCACCUGCACAGUCUCUACAGGCAAACUGAGAACUGCCUGAGCCAGGAAAGACUUGCCGGCUUCCCCAGUGGAGAGAGGAGAGGGCAUUACAUCAGGGACAGUGAAGGUGGUCAGGGCUUUGUCUGUGGUAGCCUGGAGCGAGAAGGCUUGGCCUACAGAUCUCACUACAGUGACAGGACUCAAACACAGGGAGAUAGUAGAGAGGUAGAAGACGAGCCCAGAGACUUCACUAUUUCUAAACCUCUCUCUCAGAGGGUGUCCUCCUUCUCCAAGCCCUCCUUCUGCAGUCUCCAAUACCCCAUCAUGCAUCAGGGUUUGGAUUCUCACCCCAAGGCAUGCCGAGUCCCUCCUAUGACCAUCUCGCCCCCCAAACAGAGCCCGCCGGAACCCUCUCAGCCGUUCCCCAGCCCCAAAACGUCCCCUGAUGCAUCCCUCAACAGCCCCAUUCGACCCAGUAAGCGGAGCCUAGCAGACCCCGAGAAUGAGGGCGUCCCAGACAGGAAAGUCCGAGUGGUGACGCCGAUGCACCCCGCUGGCGCCAUCCGACGCAGCGACCCAGAAGAGCUCAAACCGGCCGAGCCAGCCCAUGCCGUUCACCUCAACAACCAUCUCCCCGAGGGUCACCCGACAACCACAUAUCCCCCACCGCACGCCGCACCCCUCUACCCGGGUAUGUACCCUCCUGGCAGCCUGGUUUCGCCAAGGCCCCAGGACGGGCUGCAGCAGCACCCAGGUCUGCAGUACCUGAAGAGCCAGACAGCAGUGUCUCCCCUCGUGCCCCCGUUAGCCUUCCACUCCAUGAUGCUCCACAGGCAGCUGAUGGCGUCAGGCCCCAGCCCGCACCACUUCUACAGGCACCCGGGCGGGGCGGCACUUUACGGGGACCUGCUUCACCACUUGUACCCCCUCUCCACCCUCCCCCCGCCACAGCUGUCGUCGGUACACCCCAGCACCAGACUGUAAGAGAGAGAGGGAGGAGACACAUGCUUUGUUUUUUCCUCUUUCCUCUACCUGAGACAGUUCCUCAGCCUCUCUUUGGUUUUCUCUCUCUUGCUGUGGGAUCGUGGCUCAGUCGAAAAGAAAACACUGAUCACAAAAACUGGCAGAUUACAAACUGAUGAACUCUUCAGUCAGGCAGACUAAAAAAUUCCAUUUCUUUAGUUUUUUUUUUGUUUGUUUAUCUGUUUUGUUUAUAUACUUUGCACUGUUCUGUUUUUAUCACCACUUACUGUUUCUUUUUUUGUUUUGUCGUAUCCUUAUUUUGCACAAUGCUGACGUGUAUGUGCUCACAAAUCAGUUUGCCGCUCUCAGUCACCACAAGUCAGGUUGUUGCUCUGAACAUGUGAAAAGUGGAGGGCAACAGAGAAAAGCCAUUGUUUACUGCGUCUGAGGGCUAAACUUCAUCGCUGAAAAAAACACUACAAGUAACAUGACGAUGUAAACGAAACCCUUUAAACUAGGGAUGCGUGCACCAAUGCAAAAGUCCAACAGCUGUUUAGCGCGUUACUCAGCCAGUGGUGGUUGUAUCUGUUUACAUGUCUCCACGCUGAAAGCUGUUGCCUGUUUUUGCUACAGUAAAUCCACCUGGAUUCCUUGGAGUGGACGUGAACACACACUGCGGUGCUGCAUAACAUAAAUACUAGCUUAAUCAUAACAUACUGAGGUGCUGUGUUGACGGAUGUACUGUAGACUCACUUUCAACUCGAUUCAGGUUUUAUUCAGGAUUCAUUUCAGUUCAGUUACAACACGUAACUACCGUGUACAAUCUGUUGACAAAUCAUGAAUGAAUGUGGGUGUUUUUUAUGUUACAGUUCAUGAAACGCCGUGUUAAUGUUGCUUUCUAAAUUGAAAGUAAAUUGACCCCAACCCCUCUUGUGAUUAGUGGCCUGUAGCAGCUUGUUUUUGUCUUUUCUGACCAGCAUAAUGAAGCAGCCGUAUGCUGUGGAAUGCUCACCACAAGAAAUCACUUCUUCUUUUUUGUUCUUGACAUGAAGAGCUUGCUCUUUUUUUUGUGAACGGACUCCUUUAUUCUACAAUCUGAAAAGACUCACUGUAUGAUUUGAAAGGAAUGUUGUCAGUUAGGUUUUUUUUAUUGCUUUGCAAAUAUCUGUGCCUUUCACAGUCUUGUAUUAGAGUUAGCACUACAGUUGUUAAGGUUUAUCUUUUGUAGCAGGGUAGGAAAAUCAUAAUUAUUGUCACUCUCGUCUGUAAUGCAGCACACAGAGUCAGAAUCACAUUCUCAUACAAAACCGUACAGCACACUGGGCCAUUGGACACUAGACUUGAUAGGGAGUGAACAGUAUUUUAAUUUUUUACCUUUUGAAACAGUCUCUUCUUUGACCUGAAGGUCAGUGUGCUUAAAUAGAAGUAUUCACCUAUUUCAGCUGUGGCAGGCAGGCGAUCAUAGAGCAGGCCUACUUGAAAAGAUUUACACAUACUUGACGUUGACCCAGGUCUGGUGUCUAUCAUCCCUCAGGAGGGUGUGUUGUAUGUGUUUUCUAGCAGUGAUCAAAAGGUAGCAGGCUCCAUAAAGUAUGCUUACCAUACUCUGUAGCCUGAGGUGGGAAGACAACAGCUGCUCUGGCUUUUACAACCACUAUAACCACUGUUAAUGGCAAUCCAGGAGAGUCAAAAUACACAGUGAAUAUGUAUGGUGUUUCAAAAAAAAA